GUUACACCGUAAACAUUUGAAAAUGGGAACACUUCAAAAAAUUAUACAAGUUGCCUUAAUCGGCUCUGUUUGCUGCUUUUGGGGCGGCACAAUGGUGUUAGGUCUACUAUGGACACUCAUUACAAAAGGUACAGGUGUUUUUCAAAAGAAGGAACGUAAAGAAGAGCCAAAAUGCCUACAAGACCCAGGUUUAGGUGCACAUCAUUUUGUUCAACUUGAGGAUGUGAAACUACAUUAUGUGGCCAGUGGACCUGAAGAUGGCCCUUUGAUGGUUUUUGUACAUGGUUUCCCAGAGUUCUGGUAUUCAUGGCGUCACCAGAUCAGAGAAUUCCAAAGCAAGUACAGAGUUGUAUCCAUCGAUAUGCGCGGAUAUGGAGAAUCUGAAAAGCCCAGCAAUGUAUCUGAUUACAACAUCAACAAAUUAGCAAGUGAUAUAGCUCAACUUGUGUCACAGCUAGGGCAUGAGAAGUGUGUGCUAGUUGGUCAUGACUGGGGUGGUGCCGUAUGUUGGCAAGUGGCUAUAUCCCACCCAGAAGUAGUUGAUUGCCUAGUCAACUGUAACAUUCCACACCCUGCUGUAUUUGCCAAAUAUAUGCAGACUCACUUCAAACAAUUCAUGAUGUCAUGGUAUAUAUUCUUCUUCCAAUGGCCCUGCCUUCCAGAGUUAUUCCUUGGCAUGAAUGAUUUUGACUUCCUGAAACAAGCAUUCAGCUCUAGGAAGAUGGGUAUACAGAAUCAAGACAACAGGCUUACCGAGGAGGACCUUGAAGCAUUUAAGUACACAUUUCAAAAAAAUGGAAUGACUGCGCCAAUCAACUAUUAUCGUUCUGCAAUUCGAGGUUCUCUUACACCCCCUCCAAGAAGUACCAAGACUCCCCUAGAAAUGCCAGUGCUGCUCAUCUGGGGAGACAAAGAUGGCGCACUUGCAGCUCCAAUGGCUGAUUUAUCGGGGCAAUAUUGCAAGGAUUUCACGCUGCAGUAUGUAAAUGGUGCUAGCCAUUGGGUUCAACAAGAUGAGCCUACUGUCGUCAAUGAAGUCAUGUGGGAGUUCCUCAAUAGAGCAUAGACUUAAUUAUAUUUUUAUUGAUUUUGUGCACAAGUUACUUCAAAGUUUGUGCCAACUUAUUAUGAAUAGUGACUGGUUUUAACAUUCUUAUUGAGAGAUGAUAUCAUUUUAACUGUUUUGCCAUCCAAAUAAUUAACUAUAUUCUUAUUGAUUUUGUGCACAAGUUACUUCAAAGAUUGUGCCAACUUAUUAUGAAUAGUGACUGAUUUUAACAGUCCCAUUGAUAGAUGAUAUAAUUAUAACUGUUUUGCCAUCCAAAAUAUUCAUUGAACCGAUAUUUCUGAUCUACUGUAGCUUUGUUUCAUCAAAUGUGAUUGUACAGCUAUUGAAUUGUACUUACCCUUUUGGCCUUGGUAUACACAGCUACCGAUAAAAUGGACCUGACAGGUGCCACAGCGUGACCAUGGCAGUGCCAAGAGCUUUUUAAAAUUUAAAUGCUUGUGUAUACCAAUGGCGGCUUAUAAUGAUAUCAUUCUCCAUCCAAUAUUUUCUUGAAUUGGUGAAAAAAUGUUCAGAUCUGCUCAGAAUAAUUUUUAAAAUGAGAGAAGAGGUCCAGGUAAAGAACACUAAAAGCCUCACAUAUUCUCAUGUCUGGGUAUUUGCAAUUAAAAUACAAUUGGGAGCUAAAUUUUAGGGCUUUGACAAUGAUAUAUUAAAACAGAAAGCAGUUUCAAAAAGGUUGACAAUUAUUUUAAUGUUUUAUUAUUGCCUUUAUGCAGUCACAUUUUCAAUCUGGUCAAAUUGUGUUAUUACAACUAAAAUAUUGUAUUUUGUGUCUUGAAAUAUUAUUUCAAAAUUUUUGACUUCAAUAUGAUUUGAUUUGAUUUUUGUCAAUGGAUUGUUCUAUAGGAUGGAUAAUUAUCAAAGGAAUGUCAAUCACAUACAAAAUGUAUAAAAUAUAUAAUAUAAAAUAUAUGAAUGAAUGUCUAGUCCCGUACAUUACUGCUUAUAUGGGACAUUUACUAAAUGUAAUUUUAAAACAUACACAUUACAAUACAUGUAUGUGCCAAAUAAAUCCCUGUGAAUUUUGUGAACAGCAUGUUAAAGAUGUAGAAAUCUUUGCUUUUUGCAAACAGAUAUUUUUAUUUUACAUAUUUGUAUUAUGUACACAAUAAUACUAUAUAAGUGUUGUUAGAGAUAAUUACUUAUAAACGCCUCAGUUCUACUUAAUCAAGUGCCUGAUCAGAUAUUCUAUUUUGUAAUAUGUUUUUUGAUUAUAACUCAGCUGUUUAAAUGAAAAACUGAAUAAAUAAAUUGUAUGAGAAUCACUAUGUUUUUAAAGCUAGUUACUGAAGUCUUACAACAAUUUUGUUCCACCUUUAGAAUGCAAACACAAGAUGGCACAAUUAGUUCUUCUGGGCAUCUAAAGGUGGAUGCAUCUCUUUAAAACCUGACCUUUCCAUAAAAUGCAAUAUUUAGACAUACAGUACAUGUACAUUAUUUUUACAUUUUCAUACAACUGACACUGAAACUGAUUAUUAAUGCUUUGAUAUUUAGUUGCUUUUUAUGGAAAGGUGCAGGUUUAAGCUUGGCUAGGUCAGUUUCAAUUAUUGGGCUUAUGUUCAAUACUCUUUAGGUAGAAAAUAUUGAAUAACAACCCCAUUGGUACACAUGUGUCCUAUUUAAAAUACAUGUAGCCGUCUGCUUGUACUUUUGAGAUGUGACAAUUAAGAUGAUA